CGCAGCGCCGCGGCAGUCGUGUUUACAGAUUUUGCCAGUUGAGUUCCGUAACGUCACGUCAAAAAAGUGCAACACACGAAUUUCUACCACGUUUACUAUGUAAAGAUAAUGUAGGUAUAGUUUAUUAAAACAAGGCCUUUAGGAUAUAAUUAUAUUUAAUGUCAGUAUAUAAGCUGGAUGCUUGUUAUUGGUGGUGUAAUCAUUGGACCAAGGGAUAUUGAGACAAUUAAGGCAUAGCAAACAACGUGGAAAAUGACGAUCGCCACUAGGGGCCAGGGAGUUGGCAUAGACCCUCCCGACAGCCAGCAAAACACGCAGAUGCACAGUCCACCUGGUCCGCAGCAAUUGGCUGACACGAUGUCGGGGCUCCAACUCACCGAGAAUGUGGUACAAACGGAAUGCAACAGCGACGCUAUCAGUACAGUAGAAGAUAGCAACCAGCUUCAUGAAGAGCCUGAGUUUCCUAUUUUCAAACUUAAUAUGCUUCAUGAGAAGAUAUCUAGUCCACGAUGGGUUGUACCAGUUUUACCCGAACAAGAAUUAGAGUGCCUGUUACAAGCCAGUAUCGAACUUUGUAAAAAAGGAAUUGAUGUACAAAGUGAAGCGUGUCAGCGCUUUUUUCGAGAAGGUCUCACAAUCUCUUUUACCAAGAUAUUAACGGAUGAUGCGGUAAACAGUUGGAAAGUGAACAUUCACAAUUGUAUUAACACUAACUGCGCACGUUUGGUGGAACUAUGUGUCCUGAAAUUAGACGAGGACUGGUUUCCUCUUCUUGAUUUGCUGGCCAUGGUUUUUAAUCCUAGUAAUAAGUUUCACACGGUAAAUUCAAUAAGAGUUUCAGAAACGGUUCCUCCGGGUAGUGAAAUUCCUGAUGAGGAACUUUACGCUCGCCCACCAACUGACUCGCGAGCUCCUCGUGGUUGGCUAGUAGAUCUUAUAAACAGAUUUGGAAGCCUCAAUGGAUUUGAAAUUUUGCUUUCAAGAUUUCAGAGUGGACGUAAUUUAACAGUGCCAGUUAUUUAUGCUUUAAUCAGACCCUUUGGCUUAUGUUACGAAUUGUUAACUGUUCACACGAUAGUUAAAUAUCUGAUGCCUAUUGUUGAAAUGGUACCUCUUAUUUUGAAUAACUUAACCGACGACGAGUUGAAGAAAGAGGCAAAAAACGAAUCAAAAAACGAUGCAAUAUCAGCCAUAAUCAAAGCUGCUAAAUGCUUGGUGUCACGCGUACCUCAUCAGGAAGAGAUGAUAAAGAACUUGGAAAUACUGAGACUGAAAAUGAUAUUGAGACUCCUACAAAUUUCUUCGUUCAAUGGAAAGAUGAAUGCUUUAAAUGAAGUUAACAAAGUAAUAUCUAGCGUUAGUUAUCACCAACACCGUAAUACAAUAGCAGAGGAGGAGGAGUGGCUCACAGCAGAGCGUAUGGCGAAAUGGAUUAAAGACAAUGGGGUAUUGGAGAUCGUGCUGAGGGAUUCGUUGCAUCAACCACAAUAUGUAGAGAAACUGGAGAAAAUUUUACGUUUUAUCAUAAAAGAACGUGCACUUACAUUAGAAGACUUAGACGCUGUUUGGGCUGCACAGGCUGGUAAACACGAGGCAAUUGUGAAGAACGUUCAUGACUUAUUAGCCAAAUUAGCUUGGGACUUUAGUCCUGAACAACUUGAUCAUCUGUUUGAGUGUUUUCAGACAAGUUGGAGGACUGCCAACAAGAAACAACGGGAAAAGCUAUUAGAAUUGAUCAGGAGACUCGCGGAAGAUGAUAAGGACGGUGUUAUGGCGCACAAGGUGUUAACACUCUUCUGGACUUUGGCACAUUCUGACGAAGUCCCUACAGAGAUCAUGGAUCAGGCACUGAACGCUCAUGUGAAAAUUCUCGAUUACUCAUGCUCGCAAGAGAGAGAUGCGCAAAAGGCAAUCUGGGUGGACAAGUGCGUUGAGGAAUUGAAAAAUGGUGAUAAGUGGGCCCUCCCUGCGUUGAAGCAAAUUCGAGAAAUAUGUUGCCUUUAUGAACCAAAUCCCAACAUAGGUCAUAGUCAACGUAGCCAUCAUUUGCAUUACAGGCAAGAAGUAAUAGAGCGUCUACAGAGUGAACAUUCGGUAGUAAUUCUUGUAACAAAUAGCUUAACAAAUUAUAUGGAUAAAGUGCGGCAAUUGGUGAAGGAAAAUCCUGAAAUCGACGCAAAUACUUUUAUGCCCGAUGGCCGAUAUAAUCAUAUUAUGCAAGUGCAAGAGAGAUUGAAUUUCUUACGUUUCUUAUUGAAGGAUGGGCAAUUGUGGUUAUGCGCUGAUCAAGCGGAACAAAUUUGGCAAUGCUUAGCUGAGCAAGGUGUAUUUGUUUCGGAUCGCGAGGCGUGCUUCAAAUGGUUCUCCAAACUUAUGGGAGACGAACCGGAUUUGGACCCAGCAAUAAACAAGGAUUUUUUUCAAAACAAUAUACUGCAAUUAGACCCGACAUUGCUUACAGAAAGCGGUAUUAAAUGUUAUGAGAGAUUUUUUAAAGCUGUUAAUUCUAAGGAAGGAAAAUUAAAACUGAAACGUAGAACAUUUCUCAUGGAUGAUGUGGAUUUAAUUGGAACUGAUUAUUUGUGGAGAGUAGUGACAAACAGCCCGGAAGAAAUUGCAAACAGAGGUAUAGAGCUCUUGAAAGAGGUGAACACCAAUUUAGGGCCGCGACUGCAGUCGUCGGUUUUAGCAUUUCAUGAAACUCACAUAGCGGAAUGUAUGGACAGAUUGAAAGCACAUUAUGAUACCGUGACUGUUUUGAGCAGAGUAUAUCUGGACGGGAAGGAGGAGUGUGAAGAACAAAUGACAAAUAAGAUUAAAAUGGAAGCCGUAAAAAUGUGUCGCGUUAUGAAAGUUUUACAGGAAUACAUAAACGAGUGUGACACAGCUUUUCCGGGGGAACGGAAAAUAUUGCCGUUGCACAGAGCAGCUCGUGGCAAGCAUCUCUCACUUGUUAUUCGUUUUGCGAGUCCUGGUCGAAACGUCGACGACAUAGAUAUCUUUACCCACAGUAAUGACACUUUAGCUUCAUUGAGACGUCAAAUAUUACGCAGGAUCAAAGCAAGCGGGACAAACGUGAAGCUCGAUUUAUUUAUUAAUGGAGAGGCGCUGGAACAAUCCGAUGAUAGGAAACUUCUCUCUCAGAUUCCACUGAGGGACAAGAUGUUAUUGUCUGCGAAGCUCAGUCAAGUAAAUAGCAAUAUGCCAAGCUCACCGGAUAGUAGCUCUGAUAGCUCUACCAGUUCUCCGCAUCAUCCAUACGACGGGCCGAGUGUAGAGGCAGAGAAUAGUUUGCCUGGUGUGGUAAUGUCGCAAAGAUCGCAGUAUGCGACAUUUUUCUUUCAAUUAGCAGAUCUUGGCUGUACUCUUCAGCACUCGCAAUUGCGCGACGGUGCACGAAAUCUCUUGCAAUUAGUGCCGCCAGAUACCUUCACUGUAACAAGAUUACAGUGGCUAUUUGGCCAUUACAAAGACGACGAAGCUUUACAGAACCCUUCUCAAUAUCACUGUAACGAGCAGAAUACAACAGUAGAUUCUCUAUUUUUUACUGCAAGUCCUAGCCAAGUUUUAUACAAUUUAGAGGUGUUAUACACUUUGUUAAUGCCAGCUCUCGACCCUAUGUCGGAGAGAGCAUUUGAAUUUCAAUAUAAUUUCAUAAAGAACGGCGAAGCGGGCGUUAUCCUUGAUAUGCUAACCAAAAAUAAGUUUUUACCAAAUGCGGACGAAACCACGAAGCGGUCUGCGUAUCUAACUGUGCUGAGACUGUGUAAGCUUCUUCUGACAGUGAUGGGUAACGUGAUGGCGUGCGUGAUGGACGAGGUUCAGCAAACUGGAACCUCGGAGAAUCACGACAACCACGUUAAUAAUCGCAGUCGGGUGACGGUAUUGAAACAGGCUCUCCAAAGUGUACCGAAUCAAAGUACCGAAUACAUGUUGAGGAGUGUGGCAGCCAAGCUGGCACAGCAUCUGGCGCAUCGAAUGCUAUCCGGCGGGCCCGAGGCUGAUCGAUGUCGGCAGCUUUUUGUGCAGGCCCUUUCAUGGGAAUUACCGGAUGUGGCUACUAUACGUGCCAUAAUUAGACUAGCGUGGGCCGCAUCCACGGGUAACUUGAACAACACUAACGCAUCGAACGAGUUACUGCACUCAAUGCACGAGACCAACCAAAAAGAACAGAGAAAUCCCGAUAAUAACGACGUCCUUGUGUGCAAGGAAGCACUUGAGGUAUUGACAAUCGCCCUCGUACUGAACCCGUCGGCGUUAGAAACCUUAUCGAGAGACAAAAUAUGGCAUACUUUCUUGAUAGACCUUGUGCUACUUAGUACAUCGAGGGCCAUCAGGAUCGCCGCCGGCGAACAAUUUUUUCUCAUAUCGACGUGGUGCAGCGGCGGGCAUCAAACACUACUGGUCACAAUAACUCUCCUCUUCACCGUUUUGAACAACACCGUUAUGGAGAACGCGAAACAGAGCCACGAAUACUUUCAGCUAUUGUGCCGACUUUUGAACUUCGCCCACAUGUCAGGUUGUCCCCUCACGACCGCGGAGACGCUACUGAAUGUCGAAAUAGCCUGGUUGAAGAAAGUUCGGGACAACGUGAAGGAGACCGGUGAGAGUCAGGUGGACGAAGCCUUGCUCGAGGGUCACCUCGGUUUAACGAAAGAACUGCUGGCCUUCCUGCCACCGAACCAGAAAUACGAGAUCGGUUCUGACGAGAAGCACGGGGUUAACUUGAUCAAGGAACUGGUCGAGGACUUUGUGUUCCCGGCGUCUCGCCUCAUGCUGCAGCUCCGCAGCACCGGCGAGCUCAGCGCGUCGCAGGCGUGUCCGGUGUGCACCACUCCUCAAUCAACCAGCGCUGCGUUCGACUUACUCGUAGGUCUUUGCGUAGGCUGUGUACCCAACAUGAAACUUCUAGUCACAAUGCUCACCGACAUGUUCUACUCCGAGAAGGACGAACCGUUAGUGGAAUGGGAUUACUUACCGCCUGUGGGGCUCAGGCCCCUUAAAGGCUUCGUAGGCUUGAAGAAUGCAGGGGCGACCUGCUACAUGAAUUCAGUAUUACAGCAAUUGUAUAUGGUGGAAAGCAUUAGGGUCGGACUCUUGGCGGCGGAAGGCGCGGCGACUGAUCUGAACGAGGAUUUUUCGGGCGAGGAGAGGAUCGAAGGGGAGCAGACAAUCGAAACAAAUGAUAACGACACGAACGAAGAAAAGUGCGGUGCCGAUGAAUCCAGGAAGGAAUAUAACAUCGGCAUCUUGAAACAAGUACAAGCAAUAUUCGGUCAUCUGGCUUACAGCAAGUUACAAUAUUACAUACCUAGAGGACUGUGGAAGCACUUCAAGCUUCAAGGAGAACCUGUAAAUCUUAGAGAACAACAAGAUGCAGUAGAGUUCUUCAUGAGUCUAGUGGAGAGCUUAGAUGAGGCAUUAAAAGCCUUGGGACACGAGCAGAUAAUGGGCAAGAUUCUUGGUGGCUCAUACAGCGACCAAAAAAUCUGCAAAGGUUGCCCUCAUAGAUAUUCCAAAGAGGAGCCAUUCAGCGUGAUAAGCGUGGACAUACGGAAUCACAGUAAUUUAUUGGAUUCUCUUGAGCAAUACGUGAAGGGAGAAUUGCUCGAGGGUGCGGAUGCCUACCAUUGUGAUAAGUGCAACAAAAAGGUCGUAACCGUAAAGAGAUUGUGCGUAAAAAAGUUGCCGCCUAUAUUAGCAAUUCAAUUGAAAAGAUUCGAGUAUGACUUCGAGCGUGUAUGUGCUAUAAAAUUCAACGAUUACUUUGAGUUUCCGCGAGAUCUGGAUAUGGAGCCUUACACCGUCUCCGGUUUAGCUAAAUUGGAAGGAGAAGUCAUAGACUGUGAUUACGAGGAAUCUGUAAAAGGAACGUGUACCAAGUAUCAACUGACUGGUAUUGUCGUUCACAGUGGUCAAGCCAGCGGUGGCCAUUACUAUUCUUACAUCCUGCACAGACUAAACGACGGAACGGCAAAAUGGUACAAGUUCGAUGAUGGCGAUGUAACUGAGUGCAAAAUGGAAGAAGAGGAAGAGAUGAAGUCCCAAUGUUUCGGCGGCGAUUAUUUAGGGGAGGUGUUCGAUCAUAUGCUCAAGCGGAUGAGUUACCGCAAACAGAAGCGAUGGUGGAAUGCGUAUAUGCUAUUUUAUACAAGACUAGAUGUAGAAGAAAAUUCUCUAAUGAAGAGUGUAAAUGAACUGUCAUUGUAUACGAAACUAGGAGUUAUGAAAAUGCCACCAGCGAUAGAAUACAGCGUGCGAAAGCAAAAUAUAAAAUUUAUGCACAAUCGAAAUCAAUUUAGUGCUGAAUACUUCCAGUUCAUCAAGAAAUUGGUGUCCUGCAAUCCUCAUAAUAUCAACCGGCAAAAUCUGAAUGAGAAACUUAGCCCUGAAGCCGAAGAACUUGCGAUGCUAUCGGUUCAAUUGGCGUCAAGAUUUCUCUUCUACACAGGUUUUCACACCAAGAAAACGUUACGUGGUACGGCAACAGACUGGUAUGACAUUGUGUGUCAUCACCUGCGCAGCAGUAAAGCAGUACGUUCUUGGUUCGCCAAUGAAGUGCUGUUCAAUCAUCCACAUAGAUUUUGCGAAUACCUCUUGAGUUGUCCCAGUACGGAGGUGCGCACUGCUUUCCUCAAAAUCUUAGUAUUCCUCGCACACGUUUCUCUGCAAGAUGGCCCUUGCGCUCCACCCAGUUUGAACGCACCGACUAUACUCUUGGACCCAGUAGCGACGCUCAGUGAUCACUUGUUACACGCGGUACUGUCGCUGCUGCAUCGUGAAAUUUCAGAUCACGGACGUCAUCUUCCUCAUUAUUUUUCCCUCUUUCAUGCGUAUGCUUCGCUUGGUCUUUCCGAAAAGGCACAGCUGCUUAAGCUAAAUGUUCCGGUUACGUUUAUGUUAGUCGCCAUCGACGAAGGCCCAGGUCCUACCAUAAAAUAUCAGUACCCGGAAUUGACUAAACUUCACCAGGUAGUUAGCAUGCUAAUACGAUGCUGCGACGUGUCGUCGAAGGUGCACUCGAGUCAGCAGCCCCGCGGGGAACCCUUACCGAAUCCAUAUGGGGAUCCCGCGUGUCAGUCAGAGUAUCUCAUGCCCAUCCAAUCGCAAGCAGCGGAUAUAUUGUUUAUUCGUACCAGUUACAUUAAGAAAUUGAUUGAGGACGCCAAUAUAACUGAGGACACAGUUAAACUAUUGCAAUAUUGUUGUUGGGAGAAUCCACACUUGUCGCGAACAGUGCUCAGUGAACUGCUCUGGCAAAUAGGAUUUGCUUACACCCACGAGUUGAGGCACCAUACGGAUCUGCUGCUUGCGAUACUAUUGAUGGAGGACUCGUGGCAGACGCAUCGCGUGCAUAAUGCACUUAAGGGAGUUCCCGAUGAGCGAGAAGGUUUAUUCGAAACGAUACAAAGAAGUAAAAACCAUUAUCAGAAAAGGGCUUAUCAGUGUAUUAAAUGUAUGGUGCAGCUCUUUAGUAAAUGCAGACCAGCGCAUCAGCUUUUGCAUCAUAGCCCGGAGUUGAAAAGAAAGUGGAGUUACGCCAUAGACUGGCUCCACGACGAACUCGACAAAAGACCAUAUGCCUCUACGGCGCCUUAUACACACGCGUACAACAAUUGGUCACCACCAACACAGUCCAAUGAUUCUGCAAACGGCUAUGUUUUGGAGCGCAGUAACAGCGCAAGAAAGACAUUGGAGCGAGCGUGUGAGCUUUGUCCCGAAGAAGAGCCGGAAGUUGAAGACGCGAGCGAAGACUGCGCGGAAGAAGCCGAGAAAUAUCAGCAUACAUUUAAAUAUCAAUCUAGCAAUCCAUCCAAGUAUCAAGUCCGAACUAAGAGGCGCAACAAUAGAGGCAUAGGAUGGACACCUGUGGAGUAUCCCGAUUUUUCCGUGAUCCAACAAAUGCAAGAAGAACAACAGCCUCAACCGGGACCUUCUCCGGUACACACACCCCACUUAGCGCUUCAAAUGCAUAAUCCGCAAAACUGUGAGUCGUCACAAAAUACCAGCCAGGAUCCAUAAUGAACGCUAAAUACUGACGUUUUACCAAGUUGCUGCCUCAGUGAAACAAUUUCGCGAUACUUAGAUAUUACUGCGCCAGCAGCUUGGUGGCGAACGGUAGCAGCACAUGUACAGAUAUAACAAGUGAGGAUUUGUUUUUUUUUUUAGUGAUCAUUCUUUAACGAACUCAUGCUAAUCUCUUAGUUUCACUGUGGGUAGUUACUUUGAUAAUAUGACGCGCUAUGAAUGUUCGAAUUGCAUUGGAAAAAAAAAUGGGAGACGAUUCCGACUGAAAAGUAAAUUAACGCAUGCCGAGGCAAUUUCUCAACGAUAGUUUCUUUCUCCUUAAUCUCGACACCCGUUUGUAUCUCCCCCGAUGACCAUUUGGCUUCCAAUUCUAGAAAUGGCAAUUUGACAAAAAGGAGUAAAAAUACGCCGUCUCUUCUCGAUCGACCGAUAAAGCUAAUAGUACAGCUAGGAGUUUCAUUUGCCUCGAUUAAAUGCAUGUGGAUUCAAGCUUAGGAAUACCGUAAGAUUGUAUAAAUGUAUAGCGAGUAGUGUGUUAUGGAAUCCCGUUCUCUGCCGAUUAGAAGACAAAAAUAAACCAUAAUUUUCCGUAUGCCUAUGUAAAUUUGUUACUAAUAAAAAAAAGAAGGGAAGUUGAAAUGGAACUUUCUAACGCUCGAAAGAUACAAUUACAGAAAGGGGAAAUGAGCUAGCACGUUCUCAUCUCGUACAGAGAAAGCACGGUUAUCGCGAAAGAAAAGCUAUGCUCUGACAUAUACAUAUAUAAAAAAUAUAUAUAGCUAUGCUAUAUAUGUAUACAUAGCUUUUGCUAUUUAAUCUUUUAACAACAAUAAAAGAAUCUUUCUUGUACUUAAUAGUCUCGAGCAUUCUGGAAGAAAGACACUUAUCGGCGGCCUGCCGCGCUGCUAAAUUUCAACAUACGCCAAUGAUGCCUCCUAUUGUGCUUUCUUUCAGUUCGACCGAUUUGAAAGAGUUGUGCCUUCGACAUUGUGCGACUCCCAUUGUACUUUUAGGUAGAUAUUUAAGAAUCAAGUUGUUGCUUCAAAUUUGAUUGCUUAUACUUCGCUUGUUGAGUUGACUGUGGAAAAGAAGGGGGAAAAGGAAGCUAAAGGAAACUAGAGCAUUACAUUGAAAACGCAUUGAGAUACGACGAGAGACAAUUUCGUCGACGGAGAGAUCGAAUUGGAACGUAUUGCGGAGCCCAAAACGAGGUGGGCUACUUUAGUUUAUCCUGACGCACGUACACAUUAAAUACGACAUCGAGUUGUCGGAUGUAUGGACAGCUGCUUAAAAAAUUAAUGGGACACUGUCCUCAUCCGGAGUCCAAAUUUUUACGAAGAAAAAUGAAUUGAACGGUAGUGAGAGAGACGCAAAAAGAGAAUGCGGAGCAAACAAAUACUAGUUUGUAUCGUUGUAUGAUACGAUUCACUCGUUGAUAGAGCCGUGAUCCUUUCCCAAAAGUUGUGAAAGCGAUCAUGGCGUAUACCGUUUCGGCAAUCGUCCGGUAUGCUAACGAAGAAACAUUCUAGAGGAGAGAACGUGGACUAUGCGACGAACGACCCUCGAAUUUAUCAACUGGCCAUAGCUCCGACUUAUGAAAUAACGUGUGUUAUAUAUAGAUAUUAUAUAAAAGUAAUCUUUAAAAAGGAAAAGAAAUAAAAAUGUCACGUGUGUAACAUGAAGUAAGCGAGCCGUAUGUAUACAUAAGAUUUCGUGCGAAAAACCAACGACUAUGUCAAGACACCAGGAAGUAAUGACGUAUUGAUUAUUAUUGUUCGUAUUUAUCGAAUACCGAGUUAAACAGUGUACCAAAUUAUAUAAUAGCUUCUAUUGGUUAAACGAUAAUGGUACCUAAUCUUACUCAGAUAUGUACAUAUAGACAACCGCUUUUUAUAUGUGAUAAAAAAUUAUUAUAUUCCUAUUAUACAUUGAGAUUUAGAGAAACACUAUUGUAAAUCCUGGUUUUUGUACACAGACUGUAUGCUAAGUUCACUUUUGUUAACACAAAAUGUAGAAUAAUUAUUUAAUAUUUAAUUGUAUCACUAAAUAAGCGUAUAAUGUACAAUACUUGUACAUCUUCUUUCUGAUUUUCUUUCUGUAUUUUUUUUUCGUUUUUUAAAUUACGUCUCCGAGAGAUAUGGUUCACAAACUGGAAGUGUCAUGAAUACUAGUGUCAUUUAUCUUAUGCGUGGUAGAGAUAAGAGAGACAUAGCCGAGCGCAUUGUUCUAAUUAGUGACAGGUCGACGAAAUAUAGUUUUCCUUAUUUUUUUUGCUAUCGAUUGAGGUAGUCGCGCUCGGUGUUAUCGCGCAAGAAGGAAAGAAACGAGAUAUGCAAGGGACGGUAGAGAUUGCGACGGGAUGUCAUUUUUCCUGUGCGUACCACAGGGUCACGUCAGAGAUUACGAUCAGUAUAUAUAAUUUCACUGGAUUAUGGAGAGCAGGCCGAAAUCGCCCUUACGAAUUCGUUUGCGAAGCUCGAAGGACGAGACCUUUCCUCGUGCACGCGAGAAUUUGAACCCGUCGAAAUUAUACCGAUUUCUACAACGCUUGUACAUAAAGGAGAGAAAAGAGAAAGGAUCGUGCAGCAAUGUUUUCACGUGGGACGUAUGCGCGGUCCCACUUGGCAGACAAACCGCAAGGAACUGCUGGAUUUACGCUGUUUAACGUUGCGUAUCGCACAACGGCAGGUAGCCGUCGCGAAUUUACGUUCAUUUCAGAAUACGAGGGUCGUCGAACGAAGAAAGAAAGAAAAAUCAAAAGACUCGAAAGGCAAACGCGUGACCUACGACGUGCACUAACGCAUGUAUCGCAUGCGGCACGCACGUGAGACCAGAGUGGUGUUGUUCUCGAGAUCGUAUGCAGUUAUAACUCUCGUCAAACGUAGCGAGGGGCAAAGAGGAAGAGGACGAGGAGAAGGAAGAGGAAAGAGGAAAAUGUUCUAUCACCGACGUCUCUUUAGUUCUAGUUCUAAAGAUAAUUUUAAUUGUAUUCAGCGCGAAUGACGCUCUAGUCAGUAAAAUUACAAAUAAACGAAAGGAGAUUAACAGCGCUCGUUCAUUUACACACGAUCUGCGUGACGUUCUCGAAGCGCCGCGUUCGCCAACGCAAGAUCGACAACAAGGGAUGCGCCGUCAUCAGCGCCGUCUUCAGCGUCGCCCGCUACGAUUAUUAAUUUUGGGAAACGCUUCUCUGCAAACGCGUUCCCCGCACUUUCUCUCAUUCGCCUCUGACGUGCGAGGGACUCGUCACUUAUAUCUACCUCGACGGGCAGUCAGCGUUGUCUACUCCUUCGUCUUGAUCCUCGAGCAAUCUCGUCUUGCGGAAAGAGGAUGCGAUCACGCGCGCUCUCCACGCUCAAUCAUCCUGUCGCUGAAAAUUGCGAAGAUUAGUAUUACGGAUUAGUAAAACGUUUCGGUCUUUUCAGGAGAAAUUUUCCACCUCCUCCGCGAAGGUCACGGAGGUUCCGUGAACGGAGUGAAGGAACGGAGAGGAAGGGAAGAGCGUCGCUUCUCCGUUUCCGUGCUACUUUCAUCGCCGCAUCGACACGAACAUUCGAGUCGUCGGUAUCGCUUAAUUUCGUUAGAGUUAGCGUCUAAGAAACGAACGAGAUUCGUCGGGCAGACCGCUGGUCACGCUCGGGUCGGCGUUCGGGUCGUGAGACCCCCGCGGGACCAGCGGGUUCAAUAAUGCUGGUUUCGGAAUUUCGUUAUUUAGCAUCGACCCCGACGCCACGAUCCUCAGGCCAGACUUGUGCUCCGCAAAUGUAAUCCUUACCAAAGUCAGAUACCAGAAGCACACGUUUUCUAAUGAUCGCAACCCUUAUUCGCUGGCCAUGCGCGCUGUGCACUUGCGUUUCCGCAGGAAUACUUCUUCGCACGUGGUUCUUUUGGGGUGCGAGCGUUGGCCGAAGAACGAUCGUACCCCUUUUUACAUUAAUUAAUCUAAACGUUAGGUAGUUCACUUCAGAAUGCGCGGUCGCGUAUCUUCGAAAGCUUUAAGGAGAAGACUGCAAGGAAGAGAGUUAUGUCGAGGAGAGGAAAAAGCUCGAAUGUGGGAGGCGUAUGGAACUGUUUGAAAAUGAUGAAAGCCCCGGAGGAAGGACCCAACUUGUAAUGCACCGAGAUAUCCUCCCGCCUAAGAUCUUUUCCGGCUUGUAAUGCGCUUUGCAACACGCGACCUCCGAUCUCUAGGGCGGUCUAUGCGGAAGAGAUAUGUUACAUAAUUUGCGUUCGCGCGUGCAUAAACAGGCUUGUCCUGUUGCAUGUACUUAGUUUCUACGCUUUCUUCGCACGAAACCAAAUACUAGACGCUUUUGCGAGGGAGAAAGAGCGAAAGAAGGAAACUGAGCAAAGACGUGGAAACGCGACGCGAAUAGAACCGGCCACGUAACCGAGCCCGAGGCUCUCCCGGGACCGGAUCGCGUCGCGGUGAAAGGGUGAAAUUUUAGGAGACUCGAGCGCGCUGUAUUAAUUGCAAUUAAAACUACUUAUUUUAUAAACUGCGAUGCUAGUAUUUAUUUGUGCGCGGUGGACGCCACGCUGAGCGUCUCAUUUCUGCGUGAUUGUUUAACGCUCGCUCUGUCCCAAUGAGAUUCUGAAUAUUGUCAUUCCGUUUAACUCAAUGCCGCACGCAAGAUCUAAUUGGACGCGAAACGUAAAACACACAUUUGAAACAUGAAAAAGUUAUAAUAUCAAAGCGACACGAGAUUGUAUCAUUAAUUAGAUAUUUCGACACUAAUGCUGUGAAAUGAGAUCUGAACCAAGAGGCUGAAACCUCUUCAAGUAAUUGAAGCAUAUUGCGGUAUCAAACCGAGCGAUUAGCAAACAAAGAGAGCAAUUGCAAUUAUGCGAGGUACAAGAUAAAUGUAAGGAUCUAUGCAGGAUCGCAAUACUAACGUUAUCCUGCACACUCACGAGCCGUACACAUACACGUGGUGUUCGAUAAGAAAGAAAAUUGCCAAUAUUGAAAUCAAAAUAGAAUGUCUAAUCGAUAUGUGUUGAAGAGAAGGUGACGACGCGGAGCUACGGAGAGCUGAAAUGGACAGGCAAAACGCGUCAAGGAAUGCACUGCAUGCGAUAACGAGAAGAGAUGUUCUCAAGAGACGAGAUGGAGAUUUACCUGAAAAAGAGAUUAACACGAAACCAACGCAAACGACACAAAUAUACGAGAGACACGUCUCGCGAAAACACCCCAAAGAAUCCUCAUUCUCGGACAAUUUUUCGAAAGACGAGUUCGUACCUCUGUGGUAUUGGAAUACGAAAGCAGAGAGUACGUUGAAUUCUGAUUUCCAAAGCUACUCUACAUCCUCCAUUCAAGUCGCUUGGGGGGUGAGAGAGAAAGAGAGAACAUAAUUCUAAAAAAAUGUUUAGCAAACUUAGUUAAUUUUUGGCGUAGCUAUAAAAUAUCGCGGAUAAAAUGGAAUACACUUACGUACCCCAGUGCAGUCUCUCGCUGCUAAUACGAACCGAAGCGGUUCUCCAGCGGAUUUUGAAGGAGAGCCAGGAAGAACGUCGCAAGUGUGUAAAAGGGAGAUUUUUAAGCGUACGUUUUAUGUUAUUAGAAUCUCUUAAUGUAUAUCGCGAACGCGUUUCUUUCAAAUAACUAGUUUUACAUCUACGUUUUAUUUCAAUUUAAUUUGGCAAGCGUCGUGUAUCGACAAUCAAACACGUUCUUGCGAGCGGUUCUGCUGGAGCCUCCUCAGUUCUCGUCACGAUAUAAGAUAUAAGGACGAACGUUUUCGCGCGAGGAACUUGCAAGGCCCGCGUAAAAUUCCCACUCAUAAUUUCGUCCUCGCGUACUUCUCAGAUCCCCGAUCGCGUGAUCGGGAUCUCGUUCCAGGUAUACGCGAACGAUACAAAAAAAAAUCCGGAAGGACGUCUGAAGGGAAAAGGGGACGCGAAAUGUGUUGAGAUUUAACUAAUCCUAAGAUAGAAUCUAACAGUCUCAGGACGUUGAGAUUCGGGCUCCUUCGGGUCCUUCGGGCGUCUUACCGUUGCCAUCUAACUCGUGUCAGAUCUGGCAAGAGGGAGAGGCGAGGAUAGCGAGAUUCGCCGUCGACGUGCUGGAACUCUACGAGCAAAAAUAAAAUGAGAGAAUUACAGAGAAGCGCCUCAGGUCGCCAUACGCGCUACAUAUCCGUUAAAAAAAAAUGGCGCAUUUAUGCAGGCAUUUUUUAUUUAAACACACGUAAAAUCGACUCGCCAACCGAUCCUGCGACCCUUCCCACGCCGCCGACCCGCGCGAUUAUUUAUGGUCCCUCGCAGACUCUCUUUCGAUAUACAUAUUAUAUAUAUAAAUAUAUAAAUAUAUAAGUAUGAUUAUAAUUAUAAGAUUGUAUAUUCUUAAUUAGAUGAUGCAACGUGCUGGCGUGCGCGCGCGCGGUCGCUGGGGUGAUUUGAAAUAAAAAAAGAAAGAAAACUGCACACGGCCACACACAUACGUAACACGUAGUCAUGUAUACAUACAAUAAACACACAUUACACACACAUAUACAUAUACAGAAGUAUAGAUACGCACGGGGGGUUGCGGGCAACGGUUUGCCAAUUCUCGCGGGGGGCUUUCACUUACGAACGGGCGACACCCGCGCGUCUGCGUGUUCCGCAGUGAGGAGACCUCUGCCGCCUCCGGAAUCUUUUGUGUAUUAUUUCUAACAGAAUGUAAUAAAGUAAAGUUUAAACAGA